UCGGCGCCGACUCUCCGGCCCCGGCGAGGUGGCUGCAAACUCGCGGGCACGCACGGCGCUCGGGGAUCCGGACUCGGGGGAGGGGACGCGCGCGGAAGGCGCCAGCUUCCUCCCGCCCGCCCGCCCCUCUCAGGCGCGAGCCGAGGUCGGAGGAACCCGGGGCCCCAGCCCCGCAGAAGCCGAGCGGCCGCGGCGGUGGAGGCUUCCCUUUUCUCACCCAGCGAGACCCUGGAGCGCCUCGGCGACCGGCCCUAAAAAGAGAAGGAAAUCUUGUUUACCGCCGGGGAGCACAGCCGUUCGAGCCUUUGUCUGAAAAGUCAGCAUCUCUGGCUCUGGCUGCAAUGUGUGCUCGGUGACAUUCGCCUUGGGCAGACCGGCCGGAAAAGGGGGUGGGGGGGGAGUAGCCAGGUUAAGAUCUGGUUUCAGAGGCGGAUCGAGAGGGUGACUUUUGUGUAUUCCGUGUAAUUUUUGGAAACCUCGUGGGUUUUGUUUUUUUUUUUUUUCCCCUCCCUCGCCCGCCGACGGGCAUGUCCUGAUCUGGCUUCCGCUCCUGCUGCCCCGGGCUGCCGAUCAGAUUGGUUUCCAGUGGGUCUCCCUCCCUCCCUGACUUUGCAACACCGCGUUCCAGGCGGAUCGACCUCGGCGAGGAAGGAGGCGGGGGAGCAGCGAACACCCGGACCCAAACCUUGACAUGCUCUCGGGCGGAGAGGAGGAAGCCAGGAACUGAGCGCACCGCCCGGGGGGCUGCUUCGCCGACCGGCUCCAAGCACGGGGCUCCCGGCGCUCAGCUCUGCGCCUGGGCGGCAGCCUUGUUGAUCUGGGGGAGCCCCCACCCCUGCCCCGCCCGCUUCCCGCCUCGGAGGUCCGUGGCCGGCAGGACCAUGCUGCUGAAGGAGUACCGGAUCUGCAUGCCACUCACCGUGGACGAGAAUCGGACAGCUGUACAUGAUCAGCAAGCACAGCCACGAACAGAGUGACCGAGGAGAAGGGGUGGAGGUCGUCCAGAAUGAACCCUUCGAGGACCCUCACCAUGGCAAUGGACAGUUCACAGAGAAGCGAGUAUAUCUCAACAGCAAACUGCCUAGUUGGGCUAGAGCUGUUGUUCCCAAAAUAUUUUAUGUAACAGAGAAGGCGUGGAACUAUUAUCCCUACACAAUUACGGAAUACACAUGCUCCUUUCUGCCGAAAUUCUCCAUUCACAUAGAAACGAAGUAUGAGGACAACAAAGGAAGCAAUGACAGCAUUUUUGACAACGAAGCCAAAGAUCUGGAGAGAGAAGUUUGCUUUAUCGAUAUUGCCUGUGAUGAAAUUCCAGAACGUUACUACAAAGAAUCUGAGGAUCCUAAACACUUCAAGUCAGAGAAGACAGGACGGGGACAGUUAAGGGAAGGCUGGAGAGAUAGUCAUCAGCCCAUCAUGUGUUCCUACAAGCUGGUGACCGUGAAGUUCGAGGUCUGGGGGCUUCAAACCAGAGUGGAACAAUUUGUACACAAGGUGGUUCGAGAUAUUCUUCUGAUUGGACAUAGACAGGCUUUUGCUUGGGUUGAUGAGUGGUAUGACAUGACAAUGGAUGAAGUCCGAGAAUUUGAACGAGCCACUCAGGAAGCCACCAACAAGAAAAUUGGCGUUUUCCCACCUGCCAUUUCUAUCUCCAGCAUCCCCCUGCUGCCGUCUUCAGUCCGCAGUGCCCCUUCGAGCGCUCCAUCCACUCCUCUCUCCACUGACGCACCAGAAUUCCUGUCAGUUCCCAGAGAUCGGCCCCGGAAAAAGUCUGCCCCAGAAACUCUCACACUUCCAGACCCUGAGAAAAAAGCCACCCUGAAUUUACCUGGCAUCCACUCUUCAGAUAAGCCAUGUCGGCCCAAAUCAGAGUAACUUGACAUGAAUAUUUCAUGGGGUUUUAUAUUUUCGGUUUUGGGUCUUGUUUGUUUGUUUUUAAGGAUCUUCUGAUAUAGAAAAAGACUGCUUUGUCACUCAGACAUGUCCCUUUGAUCUCUUGAGUGUGCAUGUGGUUAAGUAAUUUCACAUAGAAUAUGACUGCCUAAGUCUGCCACAGGGUGUCACGUUAGAUGUAAAAUGCAAGACUUGCGAAGGACAGAAGAGAUCUGUGGCUGCAGCUGGUCGCCAGGGAGGAAGCCUUGUUUAUUGGGCAUUUGAUGAGGUUGGCAUGGACUUCAAGGGUAAAUAAAUGAAAACUUUACACCACUGUGUUACAAGGUAUAGUAAAAUAAUGAAGUUAAGUUUCCUCCCAUCAAACGUGGAAUUCUCAAAAAUUUUCUCAGGCAUAACACACCUAAUUGGUAAAUUAUGAACUGCUCCUUACCAAUACUUGAAUACCAGAAGUUACUAAGAUUCCUAUUUUGGUUAGUCUGACUCAGGAUUUUGGGGCCUAAUUAACUCUUUAAAUUUUUUGGAAAUUUUAAUUAUCAACUUGUAGAGGCUCCAAGUGCAAUUAACAAUAACUUAUUGAUACCUUUCAUAGAAUUUAAUAAAAAUGCCACUUGUUUCUGUCUUUUAAUAACUUCCCCUUUGUGCCCUUGUGGCCUCAGAAAUCUUUAAGAAUUACAUGGAUAAAUAUGACCAUAACAGACUGAUAUUGAAUGGUUUGGUUUAGGAACCAAGAGACCCAAGUGAGGCAAAUGUCUUUUUUUUUUCCCUACAGGUAUCAACGAGCCUUACGUCAUUUGUUAAGCUUCUCAGAAUUUGCAGUUAAUUGAGUAGAAUUCACUGACUCUGAUUAUUCAGAGAAGUUCAGGGUAGAGUAAGCUGCCUGGACUUUAACACUGUCAGACUUGUCUCCAUCCCUUUAAUGGGACAGGGAUAUUCUUAAUAAUAUCUGGACCUCCCUGGAAUACAUUGCCCAUCACUGGACCUUAGAAAAGAUUGUCAUUCUCUUGUUCCUUACUUGAAAUCCAAAUAUCAGGAAGAUCGCAAAAGUUGAGUCAACACCAUCAGGUGGGAGGAGAAAGUGAGCAGAACGGCUAACUCUUAUUAAUAGAGUGAAAAGAAGUUAUAAAAGAUGCCCCUCUGGCCAGCUUUCUUUUCUGAGGGUCUAAGUAAUGCAGGAUUAGACUCAAGGUUGACGGGAGACAAGAUCAUUCACCAAAGUGGCAGAAAGAGAACUCUUUUUUGAUCUAAAGAGAAAAAUCUGCCACCUUUGCACCUCACUGCCUUUAAACACAAAAGGAAGAGUACACAGAAUCUAGCAUUUGUCCUCCAAGGGAGGAAGAGAACAAGGUAAUUGGGCAACUCCAAGGCCCCAGCUAGCCUUCCUGACCAUAACCUCCGACCUCAGGAAAGGGACUUUCCCCAAACGCAGAUUCCAAAGGAAACCACAUAGACCAAGGAGCGCAUCCUCUUCCUCUUACACAGGCUCUCAGCCAGGGGGCCCUGCCUGCUUCUCUCUCUCGUGCCCAGCACUCUGCGUAGUGUCCUUCAAGUUACAAACUCUCCCAAGGUGCAAGUGCUGGCCCCAGGAGCCCAGCACCAAGCGUUCUAAGUCGUAUGUCAGGUUGUCAAGAUCAUUUCGUAACCUGUAGGUUGACAUGUAGCUUAAUAAAUAUAUAAAUAAACCCAGAACUCAAAGGAAACCCAUUGCAACUAGCUUAGAUCAACAGUGCAUCUCUUCCCUAAGGAUAGUGCCACAGUAAGGCGCCCUCUUUGCAUGGUACGGUAGCAUGAUUUUUGCUUGUGGGGAAACUCGAUGUUUUAUCCAGAGCUCCUGGACUUCUCCAUGGCUCCCUUUCAACACAGUAGUACUUAACAAGAAUGUCUGGCUUCAGGAAGCAAAAUUCUCCUUUCAGAAGACACUUGCAUAGCGUAUGUAUUUGCUUAACAUUUGCAAGCUGAAAUCAGGAUGGGGUGGGAUCAUGAUAUUCGCAUGGAAUGGAUUUGUUUUGAGCACGUUGUUAACACAUCUGGCACCUAGUUUUUCUGUCGAUGCCAUUGCUCAUUUUCCAUUUUUGUAAAGUAGCUUUUCCUCUAUCAAAGUCAACAAUUCUAUAUGCUUUAGAAAGCUAAUUCCUGGUUUCCUACUGUGAAUUUUCUUUCUCCUAUAGCCAGUAUAAUACCACAGACAUUACUCGCAAAACUACCACAGAUAGUGUGAUUCUUAGCCAACAAAUAUGUGUGGUCUUAGAGUAUGUUCAGUUUUUCUGUCUACAUGUGGUUCCCGUGCAUUUUCAAAGCGGGGAGGGGUGCAAAUAUUCUUUUAGCUGCUUCGAAUAUUUAAUCCAGUCAUCACAAGGCAUAAAUGGCUUCAAUAUUUUAUCUAUCUUGAUUUUCAAGUGUCAUUUCACAGUCUUCAUACAUGGAUUUGUUUUUUGUGGGGUACAAGCCUGCAAUGAAUGUGUAUAUAGAACAUUACUAAUUCCUAUAAGGAUGGAAAUUAAAUGGCUGCAUGAUGGAAACUUAGAAGAAAAAAACCAGAAACUUGAAUUAAUUAAGCAUGUUUUGGGGAAAAAAUAGAAUCUUAACUCAGUGCCUCUGUCUGCAAUGUGGAAACCUUCAACUUUGUUCACCAAAAUUGUAUUAUACCUGUAUAUAUAUAAAUAUAGUAUGGCAAGUCCAACACCAUCAGUUUUAAGUCUCUAGUAGCCAAAUUAAAAUAAUCCACAGAAUAACAUUUAUGUUCACCCCAUCUUUGUCUCUCAUGUUAGUGGAGACCAUCAAAAUGAACAUAAAUUUCAUUACUUUGGAUGGACUUCAAAUUAGAAAAUACCCCUGUGCUUUUCAUUGGCUGUCGAACAGAUCAUUGCUUUAGCUGUGCUUUUCCAGGACAAGAAGGCCUCAGUGUUUUUACUGCAUAAACUUUGUCAGAAGUCAGCUCUGAAGACCUUUCAUUUUCCUACUUUUGAGCUAGAAUAAGGCAAAGCAAAGAAAAAAGCAUAACAGAGGAGUCCGUGACCUUCUUCAGUUACCACAUUAUAACUGAAACAAUAUGCGUUUAUUCAUGAACUAAUUUAUAAACCCUUCUGUUUUGGCUUUGCAUUUGGGUGUGGGGAAAAUGGCUUUAAUUUAUUUGAAGGCAUUAGCCACAUUUUUGGUUGUGAAAAUAAAUCUCUAACUAGCGCAAUUGUGCAUGUCUUAUGUAGACUCUUAAAAAACACAACAGGACUCCCAAGUAUUAUUAUAUGGUUUUCUUCCAAGACAGUAUAAUAAACAGUGACCUAAGAGUAGAUUCUGACACUUCUCGAGAAGUCGUUUUUCCAUGAAAAUUUCAUGGCUAAUGAAUUUAUGUGUACUUUUAAAUCCUACUCGCCUUAGCUCCUCUUCACGGCCCAAAGACGACUUGUCACUGGCUUGCAUAGGUCAACAACAAUUAUACUUUUCAGAAGGGCCAGAGUAUAAUUUUACUCCAUAUGUGAUGCGUAUUCAGAUACUCCCAACACAGAAGGAUUGUUUAAAUAGUUUUAGUCUCUUUCUGAUCAUCUGGUUUCAGUAGGCUGGGUGACAAUAUGCCAUCUGAGCCAUAAAUCUUAAAAUUAAAAAAAAAAAAUCUGUCCAGCAACUGCAAUUGAUCAUAAAUAGACUGUUUAAAACUAUUCUUUCCUGCUGAAAAUGAAAUGUUACAGAAGAGCACAGCAAUGGCUUAUGGAGGCAACGCAUACUGGGUUCUCCUGUGUUCUACCUUCAAAUCAGUCUGUUUCAUUUGAAAUGUAAGUGUUUAAGCUUUUUAGGAGUUAGUGCAAUAAGAGAAUGUGAAUAUGUUGAGACCUUUCCAGAUGCUGUUAUUAAUUAUCCUUUUGUUGUUAACAAACACUUUAGGAUAAGCCUCUCUCGGUGUUUUUGCUUAAACUCAAAAGCCUGUCUGUCGAGUUGCAACUCUCCCCUCAGUUUCUGUGUGUCUCCAAGAGGGGCUGUUUGAGCUGAUGUUGUACCUGUGCUGCUUACAUGUAGCUUCAAGUGUCAAUUUUAGUGUUUACAUUGUGAACUGGGAUCUUGAUUAGUUACAUGGUCGAUACACCACUGCCGCAGCUGAAGGACCAAGUUCUGGAAUGCACAGUGUGAUAGACAGCAAAGCCAACAGAAGUUGAUCUUCACACAUCUUAACUGUGCCAGGAAGCCAUCCUCCUAUGUCAUUUUGCAGCCGUUUUGUGUUUUUUUCCCAGUUAUUUAUUAUUGAUAAUAACUUACUUUUUCUUACAUUCUGUUGUAAAUAAAGUACAAACCAAUCUUC